AUGUUGGGCUGUGUGGCCCUGGUGGUGGCCCUGCGCAGGACUUCCGGCUUGGCGGAAACUGGUGCCUUCGCAGAGAGUUUUUCCCGUUCCCUUGAAGGAACACGGCUGCGAGUUCUUAGCUGGAAUGUGGCUGCCGUGAACAACAACCCCUUUGAGUAUUGGAUCACUCACCCGAAGAAGGAAUACAAGGCCCUCAUGGAGGCUGUGGAGCAGUUCAUCUCCGAACCUGGGGAGGUGGACUCCGGCAUUUCUCGGCCCGAUGAACAGCUCCAAGCUCCGUCCGGACUGACCGCUGAUGGGAUGGAUGACUCAGCACCGUUCCUCAGCCUGCGACUGCGGGAGGAGGAUCUUCUGGUACAUGAGGUCUUUACCGACCACAUGUUCCAGACCCUUUCUGCACGGAUGCGAUCCUCUGGAUUGGAAGCAGUUGAUGUGGCUGAGACAUUUUGGAGCCAAUACCGCACCCGGCGGAUCGUGAGCGAGUUCCUACGGGACCCGGUCAUCGGCAAGAAGCGUCUUGCCAGUAUGCCAGAUCGAGUCACCAACACCAUCCAGCUCCUCAAUGGCUGUACCUACAGGCCGUCGGUGGUGAACUGCUACCAGGGCCAGCUGAGCUCCUUGGAGGCUUGGUUCAGCCAAUGGUUGAGUUUCUUCUUUGAAGAAGAUGUUGACAUUGAUGGUUCUGGUUCCAAGAAGGUGUACAGCCUGUUGCAGAAGAUCCGCAGGGCCAAGUAUCCUGCUAUCAGUGAAGAGGAGGAAGCAGCGAGCAUCCCCUUGCAGCUGAUGAUGCAGGGAAUCUUUGAUGCCAUCCUCAUGCGCUUGAUGCUGGAGAAGGCAGGUGCUGCUUGGGAGGAACUCCGUCGGGAGAUCUGCGAAUCCCUCAACAGCCCCUUCGACCGAACUCAAAGUCGAGAACGCGUCGUGCGCUUCGCGAAAUGA